UUUGCAAAAAUGAAACUUCUAGCAUUGUUUCUGUUCGCAGUUGUUGCUGUCUCGGCAGCUCCUCACAAUGACUACAUUGAGCUAGCCAAAGGAGGACGCGUGGUUGGUGGAAUCAAUGCUUUGCCAAAUGAGUUCCCAAGUAUUGUGUCGGUUCAAAGGUUGAUCCUUACCCUCUCGGCUCACAUCUGCGGUGGUACCAUCAUCAAUGGACGUUUCGUCUUGACCGCUGCUCAUUGCAUUACUGAAUCCCCUGAGAAUGCGCGCUUCGCCAUCUGGGCUGGAUCGCACGACAUUACUGUUGCCGAAACUAACCGUCAGACCAUUAACGUGGACGAAGCCAUUGUGCACCCGGAAUACCUCGGAGGAGUGAACCCAUCGGACGUUGCAGUGAUGCGUCUGUCCAGUUACCUAAACUUCAACGCCUUCGUUCAACCAGCCAAUCUACAGCCAGCUGGCGUCACCGCACAACCUGGUCCGGCUACUCUCGCCGGAUGGGGAAGCACUUCCUCCACUACCGUUCCAUCGAUGCCCGCUAUUUUGCAAAAGGUCGUCAAACCCAUCAUUGAUUACGAUACUUGCACCGAAGCCAACGGAGGAGCAGGAAACAGCCCGCUGGGAGUUACCAACGUCUGCACUGGACCGCUAACUGGAGGAGUAUCUGCUUGUUCCGGAGAUUCCGGUGGCCCACUCUACACUAUCACUGGCGGAGUGCAGACUCAGGUCGGUAUUGUUUCUUGGGGAUGGAUGCCAUGCGGAUCGAUUGGACGCCCUUCGGUCUAUGUCGGUAUUUCUCACUAUCGUACAGCUCUACUCGAUGAAGCCUACAGUAAUUCGUCGAAAAUGAAACUGUUGGUGCUUUUAGUUGGCUUGAUCGCUGCUGUCUCUGCAGCGCCUAGCAAGGACUACAUUGAAUUGGCCCGUGGAGGACGCGUGGUCGGUGGAAUCAAUGCCCUCCCAAAUGAGUUUCCUAGCAUUGUAUCUGUCCAACGUUUGAUUUUGACUCUAUCGGCCCAUAUCUGCGGUGGUACCGUCAUUAACCAGCGAUGGGUCCUGACAGCUGCUCAUUGUAUCACUGAAUCGCCUGAGAAUGCUCGGUUCGCCAUUUGGGCCGGUUCACAUGAUAUCACCGUUACGGAAAGCGCCCGCCAGGUGGUAAACGUGGAUAUUUCUAUCGUUCAUCCAGAGUACCUUGGUGGAGUGAAUCCAUCGGAUGUGGCCGUCAUGCGUUUGGCUAGCUACUUAAACUUCAACAAUUUCGUCCAACCAGCCAAUCUGCAACCGGCAGGAUCAACUGCUCAGCCCGGCCCAGCAACUCUGGCCGGAUGGGGCAGCACCUCCACCACCAACAACCCAUCGAUGCCCGCCAUCCUGCAGAAGGUUGUGAAACCAAUCAUUGAUUACGAUACUUGCGUCCAGGCCAAUGGCGGCGAAGGAAACAGUCCCCUUGGAACAACCAACGUUUGCACUGGCCCUCUGACCGGAGGAAUUUCGGCCUGCUCUGGAGAUUCUGGCGGCCCACUGUACACCAUUGCCAAUGGUGUGCAGACCCAGGUCGGUAUUGUAUCCUGGGGAUGGAUGCCAUGCGGUUCUAUUGGACGCCCAUCUGUUUAUGUUGGUAUUUCUCACUACCGCUCUUGGAUCGAUUCCAAUUCUGUAUUGUAAAAUGUUUCUCAACCAAUCAACUUGCAAUAAAUUUGAUUUUUGUUUCUAGUUA